GACGUUGCGGCGGUACGGGUGCUGCCGGGCGGACGCGUGGGCGCCGGUCGAGCAGGACGCUGCUGCUGUGCUGAUGGAGGGCCUUCGGGUGGUGGGGGAGGAGCGGCGCGCCGGGCUGCAGGGGUUCAGUGCACGGGGCAUGUGCAGGGCGGUGGACGGCGACACGUGGCUGUGGGGAGACGAGUUGCCGGACUAUGACGGCCUCCUUGCGACCGUGGUCGAGCGGGAGGCGCGCGGAGAUCAGGGUCGGCGACGUUUGCUGCUGUCCGUGGCGCAGAGGCUUCUGGACAACGUGCGCGUGAGGGAGCUCAGCGGGUCGGAGCGCGUCGACGCGGAGGCUCUCCUUGUGCGCCUGGGUGUUGCGCGGGCGGCCGUCGGCCGCGAUGGGGGCUUUGGGCGGGUGGACGGCGUGCUGUGCGAGGGCGCCCUUCGCGAUGCUGCGCGCGAGGUUGCGGGGGGGUGCGAUGAACGGGGGGUUCAGCUGGGCGAGCUGGCGACGGGGAUGCUUCGGCGGCAGGACGUGUUGGGGUACUGGGACGGCAGGGUGGAGGACGCCCUCUCGCCGGAGAUGCGGCCUCUGCACAUGUCCGCGGUGAAGGAGGCUCUGGGAGCAUUGAUUCCGGCCGCGCUUCACGGGAGUCUGGAUCGGUUCGUGGCGGCCCAGAAGGACGUUGCGGUGUUGGGGGGGGGGGCGAGCUACUUGCUCAUGGACCGCUACAGGGUGAACGUGCGGUCGGAGGAUGCUUUGCGCCGCGGCCAGUUCACGGAGGACGUCCUGGAGUUUUUCCUGAAGGUGUUGCAGCGGAUCUGCGGCGUCCUGGCGCUGCCCGUUGCGGUGGCGAGCAAGACGGUCGGUCUGCAUGCCGGGCGGGCGGAGUCCGCGGAGCAGUUCAGGAAGAUCAUGGGUGGCUGGAAGAAGGUGUGGAAUCGAGCGGAUGUGGCGGGGAAGAAGGAGCUGGUGUUGCCUGUCGCGGUGGACGAGAAGGGGCGCGACUGGUUCUGCGUGUCCGUGAGGUCUGCGUCAGAGGGAGAAGUCCUGGGGCGCGCAGAGCGCUUGGUCGUCCGCGUGUACGAUGAAAUGCGACGGCAGGGUGCCGCGCGUCGAGUGGCCUUGAACUUGGACGCGUUGGUGCGCGGACCCGCCUCGGCGGUGGCGGGCCAGGCGGGGCCGGAGACGAUCGUGGAGGAGGGGGUUCCCGAGUGCCGGGUGUCGCAGCAGCGCUGCCUCUGCGCGUUCGGGGUCUUGCUCUCUCUGGUGUCCAGGGCUGCCGGGGAGAGAGGCUUGGACAUGGCGUCGAAGACGUUCGUGCCAGACGCGGGCCAGGCGGUGGCGGCAGUCUUCGCGGGCUUUCGGACGCGUCUGCGGCAGGAGGGCGCUUCGGAUGUUUCUGUUCUGUUGGUUGAGGUGGACGCGUGCAGGGCGGUGCUGCGGUCGCUGGGCCACGCGCCGUCGCUGGUGCGCAGGGGCGGCGAGGCCGAGGGGGAGGGCGCGGAAGCAGCGGCCGGCAGCGUCUCCGGGGGGCGGACUUCUGCUCUGGAGCGGGGCCGCGGCGACGGGGCGACCGCGGGGGUGCGGCUGCGCGUGGGCACGUGGAACGUCGCCGGCGGGUCUUGGUCGGCGCAGGCUCCUCCCAGGUAUGGGGGGAGAGAUCAGAGGGCAGCCUUGGUUGCCGAGAUCUUGGGGUGGCGGAGGGCCUUCGGCUGCGACGUUGUGGCGCUGCAGGAGUGCGAGGGGGCGGGCGCGAUGGGCGAGCUGCUCGACCAGUACCAGUUCUUGGGCGCCACGCCGGCAGCGGCGACGCGGGGGUACGUCCACUUGUACGUUCGCAGGGGCAUGGAGGCGGAGCGGUCUGCGUCUUGGCAGUGCAUUUGCCUGCCGGGGACGGCGGCGCAGCGCGCUGCCGCGCUGGGAGAGGCGCUGCGGUCGCUGGACGAGAGCGGGGCGGAGCGUGCCAGGGUCUUGGUCGUGGGCGACUGGAACGUGCGGGACGAGGAGGUCGCAGCGCUGUGCGAGGCUGAGGGCAUGUGCGAUGCCACGUGCGCUGGGAAGACCUGGGGCGUGAGGUGGAACAGGUUUUUCGCAGAUCAGCAGUACAGCGGCCCCGGGUUUCGUUUUGACCGCGCGAUGUUCGGGGAGAAGUUGUUUGCCCGGGCGCAUGUGAUGGCGCGAGGGCCUGUCGUGUUCGAAGGCGUGCAGUUUUGCGCGUCCGACCACUUCGGGUUGAUGGUGUACGUGGACGUGGCAGACGUCUUUGCGCUGCGAGGCAGGGGGCGCGCGGAGGCAGCCCGGGUGCGGCGCGGGGAGGUGUGUAGGGUCUGUGAGGUCGGCGGGGAGCGAGAGGCGCAGGAGGUCCGGGAUCGCCGGCAGGCUGCCAGGGAUCAGCAGGGGCUCGACAGGGAGAGGGCCGCGGAGAGGGACCGCGAGGCGUUUGCGAGGGGCCAGCAGAGGGCGGCUCGCGAGAGGGCACGCCGGAGGCAGGCGUUGCACGAUGCGGCUUUCGGCAGGGAGUCGCUGUUCGAUGAGGACUUCGUCGUCGAGGCGGAGGGGCUGGGCGAGGGUGUUCAGAUCUCCGCGCCGUCUGCCAUUGUCGUGCCGGGCGCUGAGGAGUGGCAAGACGGUGGAUGGGGAGAGGUCGCCGGCGUACCCGUGGUGGGCAUGGGGAAUUUGGGGAACACGUGCUACGUCAACGGCGUGCUGCAGCUGCUCCUGCGGGUGUCGUCCGUGCACGAGGUCCUUUCGAGACAUGGGCGAGACCGGUGCCCCAGGGCGUUGCUUGGAGAGGAUUGUGUCGUGUGCUUGUUGCGGGAGACGCUGGGGCAGGUCAUGGCGGCGUCGCGCCGCGCAGGGGUGCGGAAGCCGAGGCUCGCGCAGGAGAGGGCGGCGGUGGACGAGCGGUACGGCGAUGACCAGCAGUGGGACGCCUGCGAGUUCUUUGGGCAUUGGUUCCACAGAGCUCGUCAGGUGGAGCUGGAUGCCGGUCGGUGCGUGCCGUGGGGCGAUGGAUGGCUACAUGGGCAGGACGGCUUCCAGGUUACGCACUGGGAUCGCCUGUUCAGGUACGGGUCGGCCGAGAUGGUGUGCGUGGUCCCGCCCGAGGACAGGAGGGUGUCGUUGACGACCUCCGAGCUGUAUCUGCGCGCGUGCGGGCCCGAGGUGCAGGAGGAGGCGGAUCGCCUCGAGUGCCCGAGGUGUGAGUCCCGGCAGGUGCACGUGCUGCAAUGGCGGGUGCGCGAGCCGCCGACGGUGCUCUUCGUGCGGGUGAUGCGUCCCGUGGCGGCGGGGGGCCAGGGCGUAUUGCUGCGCCGGCGCGUGGACGUGGAGGAGGAGAUCCAGCUGCCGGGGUUUCCGCGCAUGGUGCUGGCGGGGGUGCUCUUUCACAACGGGGCCACGGUGCGUUCUGGGCACUACACGUCCAUGUGCCGCGGGCCGGGCGGUAUGUUUUGGAUGUACGAUGACGCGAAGGUUCAGGCGGUGCAGGGCGGGGUGGGGGAGCAGAAGCCGGCGCAGGUGCACCUCAUG